UGCAACUCAGCUCUAAGUAGAGAAAUAUAAUAAUUUUAAUAAAUUUUCUAUGUGAAAACAAGCAGGCUGCGCAGCAUUACGUAUAGAAAUUGAUGAUUGAGAUCAAAAACAAUGGCGUCUAGUUAAAAUUAGCACUUUCCCACAAUAGGGAAAGCGAGCAGGAGCAAAAGAAGUUAAAUUCAGAUACCCCGCAUUUUGCAAGAUUCCCCUUCCUCUUGGCCAGUUCCUAUGAGUAUAAAGGUUCAUCCCAGAGGCCUUGCUGCACCGACCAACAACAACAACAACGGAGUACUGGCAAUCACAGUUCCCACAGAUCAAAAUUUUGAAGAUCGUGCCGCACAGGCCUUAGCCUGCUUCAAUAGAAUGGGAAACGAGGAUAAUCGACGAAGGAAGACACCCUGCGGCUUCUGUAUGUCUGUGUUCAAGUGGAUUCCGGUUCUUUUUAUUACCAGCGUUAUAUGCUGGUCCUACUAUGCCUAUGUGGUGGAACUAUGCAUACGCAAUGUAGAGAAUCGAGUGGCCAUGUCAUUUAUGCUUCUCUUCUACCACAUAGCACUUGUGUUGCUCCUGUGGUCCUAUUGGAGGACCAUCAUGACUUCGGUAGGCCGAGUACCCGAUCAAUGGCGCAUACCCGAUGAGGAAGUGACACGUUUAUUUCGGGCUGAUAACCCAGAAACACAGAAACGCAUUUUAAACAACUUUGCCCGAAAUCUGCCAGUGACAAAUCGAACAAUGAAUGGCUCUGUCCGAUUUUGUGAGAAAUGUAAAAUCAUCAAGCCAGAUCGUUCACAUCAUUGCAGCGUAUGCAGUUGUUGUGUAUUAAAAAUGGAUCAUCAUUGUCCCUGGGUGAACAAUUGUGUUAAUUUCUACAACUACAAAUUCUUCGUGUUGUUUCUGGGUUAUGCUCUGAUCUAUUGUCUAUAUGUUGCCUUAACCACACUGCACGAUUUUGUGCAGUUUUGGAAGGUAGGUGCCUACGAAAAUGACUACUUGGAACAGGGUCAACUGAAUGGCGGCGUGGGUCGAUUUCAUAUAUUAUUCCUAUUCUUUAUUGCCAUUAUGUUUGCCAUUAGCUUGGUCAGUCUAUUUGGCUAUCAUAUCUAUUUGGUGCUCGUCAAUCGCACCACCUUGGAGGCUUUUCGUGCUCCGAUAUUUCGGGUUGGCGGACCGGAUAAAAAUGGCUACAAUCUUGGACGUUUUGCCAACUUCUGUGAAGUAUUUGGCGAUGAUUGGCAAUACUGGUUCUUGCCUAUAUUUACCAGUCGUGGUGAUGGCUUGACCUAUCCCACAUCCACCGACCAGAAUGGAGAUAUACCAGCUCAACGAUAUGAUACGAUGGGACAAACGACAACUAGCAGGUUAGAUGGCAAUCCAACAGAUAAGUUGAUUGACGCUCGACCCACCAAUUCCACUACAAAUAACCAUAAUCAACAACCAACACCACAAUCACCAACAUUAUCUUCGCCUCAUCACAUAGUAAGAGAAAUCCCAACGAUCCAAGAGGAAAACAGCAACAAUCAUCAGCAGCAGCAGCAUCAUCAUCAUCUCCAACCAGAAUUGCUCCCCAAAUUGGACGACCAGUUGCCCCAAAUGGAGCUCAGAUCAGCAUCGUCAUCAAGGAACGACACGGGAGCUCUAAUCAUUGACAUGAAUGGGGAUCCAUCAACACAACCGCAAGCAACGCAAGCAACUACCAUCCUGAUGGCUAAAUGCUAGACUCCAUCAGGUGUUUGUUCGUUUGUUUUGGCUUGGCUUGGCUUAUGUAUAAACUGCCAGAGUAGUAGCAGAGUCUGCCUAGUCUCGUUUAGUUGUUUGUCUAAAAAAAAAAAAAGAAAUGUCUAUGUAAUAUACUCUUAAGUUGAAACCUAAAACAAAAACCAUUAUACUGUAAAACGUAGCAGCUAGCUUGCCCAGUGCAAAUUGAGAGACUAUCAUCAUUUUAUACAGUUUUUAAGUGUAUAUAUUACAAAUUUAUAUUUCACUAAGUUUAAUGUGUUAAGCUCCAUUGAAUUCAACGAAUUUCUUUUCGGCUGGCUGGCUGGCAUAUCUGUUGGACGAAUUUGAAGGUUUCAAUUAUUUGUAAUAUUGUUAAAUCCGUUUCAUUUAUCAUCCCUGUCCCCCUCUCUAUCUCUCUCUCCCUUAAGUAUAUGUAAUUAAGACAAAACAAGCGAAAUUCUUAUGUUAGCAAAACUAUAACGAUUCUUAAUUCCAAUUCUUUGACACAUUUUUCUUAAAAGUAAUUGUACAUAAUACGAAAUCUAAUUUCGUGCAAAUUUUAUAUGAGAAUCAAUUUGAACCAGAAUCAGACAUAAUCACACACACACACAGACUUAUAUUAGGCAUUUCCUUUUUGGCUUUUACAAUACAUAGAUGUAUGUUGGAGUUAACUUAACGUUUUUUGCAAGUUUGUAAUACAAUUUUUUGAUACUUUUAUUUUAUA